CUCCUCCAUCUUCUUCCUUUUGUUUGCUCAUAUCCGCCUCCAUUAUUUCCCUCCAAGCUUCACCGAAACUGCGCUCUAUUUAGCUUCCUUUCUUCUUCUUCGUCUGUGUUCGUCAACGCCGCGUCGUUGUUGUUAGCUUUUUGGUUAUCAGGUUUCUGUGUACUGGUUUGAGUGUGAUAGCUAGACUGCACCGAGAGGAUCUGUAUAAUCUUUCAAGCUUAUUGAAUUUGGUAGUAGAAAAUAGGAGUGAUAGCUGCACAUAUCGUAGUACUGCAAGUGGUUAGAGUUUCUUCCAAAUCAUAGCGAGAUCUUGCGAGUUGCAAAUUCGCGUUAUUUAUACAGAGAGAACAGUGAUAUUAAGGUUGUGAAAGCUUGGAGUCAUGCCGGUUUCAGGAAAUGAAGAGACUGGGGUCAAACCCGUUAGCUGGAAAUCUAGUGAUUAUAUUGCAGGUAUCCCUAUCAAGAAAAGGAGGUUUCCAAUGAUGAGACCUCCUUCACCCCCACCUGAAGAACCAUCUUCCCCCCUUCAAAAACGGAUUCAGCGCCAAAGGAACAAUCUGGUCAACCUGAGGGGUCGACUACUUCACAUACCAGUGUUGCUACUAGUUCUGGAAUUUCUGAUGCAACCAAAGUUCCUGAAUCUGAUGAUAGAAGAGGAAGCUCUGAUGUCCAAAAUGUUAAUAUGGUGCAAGGAAAUGAUAAUAUCGUUAGGGUCAAAGUUGAACAGCCUAGCUAUAGAGUUCAUUUGUCUUCUUCAGAAGAGCUGCAAAGGAAAGGGAAGUUAGUGAUGGCUGAUAAUCCUGUACCACAGAUGACUGUAGGGAUAAAUGAGUUGAAUUUGAGACCAACCGAAGCUUCUGUAUCUAGUUUAAGUAAGGAUAUUAUGCAUGACAAACGCUUAGCGGUAGUGAAAUGUGAAGAAGUGAUGCCUGCUACUGCUGAGAGUACCGAAUUAUCAUUAUCUUUGAAGGAACAUAUGUUUCCAGCUCUGACAUGCCAAAAGGGUGACAAUGGUGUGAGUCACCCGAGUCGGGAUAAAUCUGAACCUCUUUCCCUGAGUUUGUCUUUAAGUGAAGAGAAAAUCAGUAGCCACUGCAAAAGUAAUGGCAGAGAUCUGAAAGUCCAUGGUGCCCAGAUGCAAUCAUGUAGAGCAAACUGGGAUUUGAAUACACCAAUGGAUGCAUGGGAAGAUUCUGUUAAUGAUGCUCCAGUAUCUGUUGAUCGGAACAAUGCAAAAGGUGGGGCACAUGCUGUUAGCUCAAUUGGGAUGAUUGAAGGUGGUGUUAGCUCAGAAAGACAGAGUAUUGCUGAGAAUCACAAAAGAACUAAUUUGACCAUGUUGUCCAAACUAGGUAGCCAGCAAUGUAAGUCCAAUGACUCUCUUCUUUUACGCCUUAGUUCUUGCUCACCGCCAAACCUGUGUCAAGGUCCUAGUUCAUCCAUUGGAUUUGAUUUGGAUAGGAGGGGCUCUGCAAACUUAACUAGGGUGGCAGGGCCAACUAGCAAUCUAAACUUGGGUAAUCAUAUCACUGUGAAACCAGAGCCAUUUGAUGAGAGGGUCAAACAGGAACCCAGUAGUAUGGGGCCAUUAAAUAUUAGAGCAGGAAAGCCUGGAGUAGUUGAGCGUUCCAUUGUUGGAGCUGUUAAGUCCUCAAAUGUGAGCGCCCAAAAGUUAAUUGAUCCUAGAUCCAUAAAAUCUGAACCGGCUAUUGAGCUUAAUCAAGACAUGGGCAAGUCAACCAAAGGGAAAUCAGUCCAACUGGAUAAACAUUUAAAUGGUCCGGAUGAUCAUUCUUCUGGCAUGAAAUUGCCUGUUGCUGCAGGGAUAUCUGCUGGAAUGCCUUCUUGUUUGAUAGAGUUGACCAGGCAGCCUUCUUCGUUAGAAUUGACUGUGACUCAGGAUGUGCUAAACCGUUCAGGAGACUCUGGUGAAAAACUGUCUCACGAAGCUUGUCAAAGCAAUGAGAAAGUUGCUAUAUCCCUUGGCCAUGAUAGUAAGGUAAACAUCUUGCGAACCAAAGAAGACAAGAUAGAUAGUCCGAGUUGUAAAUUGAAAUUGAUGAAUAUUCAACCCCUUGACUCACGCGGGAGUGGUGGAACCAGUGAUGAGGAAAAGUUAAAUAUUUCAACAGAUAUGCUUGAAGAUUCUUAUGGCACUGAUUAUGAAUCAGAUGGUAAUCAUAUUGUAGAUACUGCUAUUCAGACUAAAAAAGAAGGUAAAGCUGAGGACUAUGAAGAUGGCGAGGUCAGAGAUUCACUUCUGGGUGCAGCAGUCCAGGAUGAGCUCAUGUGUGAGGCAAGACAAGUGGAAAAUGCCAAUCAUGAUGAUUCUAAACAUGAAAGGACAGAGUGUGCGGGUCCUGUUAAUAUCGUUCAUCAUACUUCAUGCCAUGCCGAGGCAAAAGACAUCAAAACAGACAAUCUUGCUGGAACAAGCAACAACAAUGAUGAAGAUGUAAAUAUCAGUAGUAAAUCUGACGAGGGAUGUGAUAAUGAAGUGUGCUCGCAAGAACCAUUGUUUGAUGUAAAGCUAACGAGCUCUGAGGGCUUGAAAGGGUCCAUCAGCACUGUGACAACAGAACUCCUCAAUGAUCAACCUGGGAUGAGAGAUUCUCAUAUGUGUCAGGAUGCAGCGUUAUCCUCGGAGCAGGUCACUGUAGAAAUCCAGGGAACUGCAGUAGCUACUGCUCUAGAUACUGAGCUGAAUGUUAAUAAAACUGAACCUGUACAUACAAGUGAAUCAACUUUGUCUAAAACUUCUGGUAGUGGUGAUAAUGGGACUAAGGAUACGGGUAAUGGAGGACUGCGGAGCCGGAUUAUAACUUUGCCUAGAUCUUUAAAUGGUUCUCCGAGCAGAUCGCUAUCAAUUCCAGGCCAGUCAGUUCCAUCAAGAGUUGGAACAGAAAUGUUACCUGAUGUAACAGCAGACGACGAACAACUACAUCCUCGAGGGAGAGGGGAAACAUAUGUUGAUGAUAUGUACAGAUUUCCAAGGGAACGGUUCCAAGAUCAGUCAUGGAGGAAUUCUAGAGUGAAUUUUAGAGGUGGUAGAGGAAGGAUGAAUAACCGUGGUGAUUGGAGUUCUUCUGACCGUUACCUUGCAGCAGAGCAUUAUUACAAUCAAACGAAGUACCGUAUUCCAAGAUAUAAAUAUGUAAAUGAUGUAUCUGACCCUGACCUUGAAUAUAAUAAUUUUAGUAUGGCUUCAGAUGCUGCAUUUGGUAGCCGUGGAGGGAGGAAGCUUUCCCAUGAUGGACCAAUUAACCACCGUAUACCCUCAAGAAGACGGUCUCCGGUUGGUGAAAAUAUUGUUCAAGUGUCUCGUGGGAAUCAGAGAAAUUUUAGCCCAAGUAGAUGCAUUGAUGAAGAUACUUCAGAUCUGGUUGGGACAAGGCAUAGUGAGAAGCUUAUGAGAGGAUUUCCAGUUGAUUCUGUAGAUCCAAUGUUCAAUCGUACCCAACCUUCAUAUGAGGGAGAUGGUCAGUUUGGACGAGGGCGAGGAAAUAGGACCUAUUCUUUUGUUCAGAGGAGAGGGUUUCAAAUUCGUUCAAAGUCUCCAAUAAGGACUAGAACUCGUUCUCCUGGGCCAUGGUCAUCUCCUAGAGGAAGGUCCCCCGAUGGAUUUGGUGGGCCUGGAGAACAUCGACCACAUUACAGGAUGGAGAGAUUUAGAUCCCCUGAUGGGGCGUCUUUUACCGGAGAGAUGGUUGUCAGAAGAAAUCCUGCAAAUGAGUUGAGGGAUAUGGAUACCGGAAGAGAUCGUGGUCAUCAAAGGUGUGGCAUCCACCGGAGUCCUUCCCGUGUUUUACUUAGAAACAGAAGGUUUGAUGUCAUAGAUCCUCGAGAGAGGGCAGACAAUAAUGAGUUUUUCACGGGUGGCAGGCCUAUGCAUUCCGGUCGGGUGCAUGAACUCGGUGGUGAUGGAAAUGGUGAUGAGAGGAGAAGGUUUGGUGAGAGACGUGGACCUGUACGUACAUUUAGGCCUCCUUAUAACAAUGCUGAUGAAGAGACAUUUCAAGUUAACACAGAGGAUGGCCCUAGGCCUUUCCGGUUCUGUCCAGAUGGUGAAACUGAGUUCCAGGAAAGAGAAAGAGGCAAUUUGAGGGACAAAGAUAUUGACAGAAGGAUAAAGAACAGGCCAGGAAAUGCACCUAGAAGAAUGAGAAGCAUUGAAGAUCAGGAAGGAAAUUUCAGGAACGAUGGACAGCCAUGGAAUAAUAGUGGUUUUGAUGAUAUCUCACGAGCGAAGAGAAAAAGGUUUUGAUUUUACUUCUUUGAUGACCUUUGAUUCGGCAGUCAUUUGGAGACUAGUCUUUCCAGGCCAGCUGGGUUUUGCAAUUCUAUGUUAUGGAAGGCUGGAUGCCAUACAACUUGCUUGAUUGUCUACCAUGUGAAUAGGUUGUACCUGGUAUUUUGGUGAUUAAUUCUCCAUGAAGUUCACCAUAGUGCCCAAGUUUCUUGAGCAAGUCUGUACUGUCAUAUGGUCUUGUCGAGUUGGUUAUCUAAAUGCUUCAUUGGAGUUUCAUGCUUGUUGGGAACUCUCAUCACUUUCGUAUUUAGACCAAAAAGCUCCAGUGUACUCUGUGACCUGAAUGAGCAGCCUGUUGACGUAAUUCAUUCCAUGCUGCUGAAAAUUGCCAUUGAACCUUUGUCAUCUGAUCUGCAGUGAUUGAACCAUGGCAAGAACAGAUUAUUGGAGCUACUGAUAUGGUUUAUAACUAUAGCUCAAGUUCUAUUCUCUUAUGGACUAAACGACAUUGAUCUGGACGAAAACAAGUGAGGCUCCAUUUUUUGUUCUGUUUCAAUCAUAAUGUGUUAAGCCAUCAAAUUCUGGGUUUUCUUAAAACCACCUUAGUGGCUUAGCUGUUGGCAUUUCUCUCCUAAAAUCAGUAAAAUGUUCAUGGACUCCUGAAGAAGUUGUUGGAUGACUAAUGCAGUGUUGGAGUAUAGUCUCUCCAUGUGAUAUUUGUUUGCAUAAAGUAUCAUGUGGUUUUGUUGCAUAUAUAAUAUAAGAACAGAAAAAGAUGCUUGUUCUCCAUUUCCUGGGGUUGUCACUCGGCCUAUGUUUACACUUCUGGUGAUUUUACUGCCUGCUGCAUUACUGGUUUUUUG